AUGUCAUCCAACAUGUCUGAAGACCAUGAGAUCGCCCUUACGCGAAUGCCGCAACAAGAAGGUGUCCAAGCCCCUAAAGAUGAUUGGACUGGCACAAUCGAUCGUGUCCAGCGAAGGAAAUUGCAGAACCGGUUGAAUCAGCGAUCAUAUCGCCUACGAAAGAAACAGCAACAAACCGACAAGGAUCAAGCCUGGCUAAGAAAGAAUGCCAUUCCUAUUCCAUCCAAUGCCACUCCACCCAUUCAGAUUGAGCGGGAUGCGGUUGGCUUCACGUGUAGCAUUGCUCCGCCCGAAAUCCACUCUAUGAUGCGCCAGUUCGAAUCUUUAGCUUUGCAAAGCUAUGUCCUUAAUUCCCCCACAACGGACCACCUAUUAUCCUUGUCGAAGCUCAAUAUUCAGCGUGCAAUCAUCGAAAAUAUCCACUCCGUCGGAAUGACGAUGGAAUGGACCCAGCGAGACGAAUCAAUUUCGAUCUUCAAUAUGCCUACACCCCAACUACCUGAACUCUUAAUACCGCCUAGUCUACGACCGACGCAAUGUCAACGACUUAUACCUCAUCAUCCAUGGCUUGACUUCUUCCCCUUUCCAAAUAUGCGGGACAAUCUCAUCGCCGUGCAAGAUCUCAUUGACGAUGACGAUCUCUGUCAUGAUUUGAUGGCGUUUUGGGAUACAAGGAAUACCGAUGCCACAAUGCUGGUAUGGGGACCUUCUUGGGAGCCAGAUAAUUGGGAGGUCACCCCAGCCUUUUUAAAGAAAUGGGGAUUUCUGCUUCGUGGAUGCGAGGAUUUGAUAAGAAGUACCAAUCGAUGGAGAGCCCAGAGGGGAGAAAAACAUCUCUCUUGGAAAUCAACGUUGGCUAUGGUGUAUACAAGACCCAUUUCCCAAAGCGAGGAUGUUACAUGA